AUGAAUGAAUUUUUCAUAAUUUCAUUCGUAAUUUCUUUGAAAGCGGACGUAAACAAAAUUUGCAACAAAAUUUGCAACAAAAUGACGUUCUUUUCCAAAGCGAAAUAUAGAUUUCAGCCUAUAUCCGAAGACAAGAGAAUCGAAACCUAUCCUUUUCUUCAAGCAUGUCAAGAAAUAGUUCCAUUCUUUGGUAAGUUCACAUUUUGUAUUCACGUCUUUCCUGUGCGGCUGUCGAAGCAGCCGAAUAUUAUCUUGAAACUAUUAAGAUUCUAUAAAUAUUUUAACGUUGACGCUGGCAUUGUUUUCUUCAAUUUUCAAGUAUUGCUAUAAAUAGUUGUUCGUUUGUUUGAUUUUAUGUAUAACAUUGUCGUUCUAAUUGCUUAUUAGGUUUUUGAAUAGAAAAUUUCAAUAUAAAAUGUUAGUUCAAAAUGUUCACACAUAAUUUGGAACACCUGGGACAACAACAUUAGCCAACAUUUCCAGUUAACAUGUGUUGAAAUCAGUUUGUGUUUCGUAAACCAUAUAUAUAUAUAUAUAUAUAUAUAUAUAUAUGGUUUACGAAACACAAACAGUGCUCAAUACCAUAUACAUAGAGCGUAAUAUAGUUUUUCGUUUUACCUCAAAAAACCACAACAGUCUGUUUCAUCCGUAUAGGAAUCGUCAGGUGUUUCCUAUAUGGAUGAAACAGACUGUUGUGGUUUUUUGAGGUAAAACAAAAAACUAUAUAUAUAUAUACUGUAUAUAUAUAAAGAAGAAGAAUAAGGCUGUCCCAUACACAAGUGGAAGACCAAGAUGCAACCUAUGCUUACAAGAGAAGCUGCUGAUUUUCAAAUCUCGUGACGAAAAUCUGCUGAACAAAAGAUCGGAAAUCUUCUCGAAGUGUGUGCACCAGAAACAAUUUUUAGUGGGAAAUGUGGUCUGCACGCGUGAAAGCGACAUCAACAAUCCUCCUGUGCGCACAGUUACACCAUCAAACAAGGAAAAACCAAUGGUAUUUGGGAACAAUGUCUCCUGGGAUCGCAGUAAUGCGUGAAACUCGGAGUAGAGACAAAAAUAUAUGUAUAUACAAUAUGCAGACAUGCAUGUUUCGGCAUUCAAUGCCUUCUCAGUGCAGCUUGGUACAUGUCUAGAUACAUGAUACAUCCAUAUUUAUACACAUGAGCGUGCUCUCACCAAGCGCAUGUGGUACAACACGAAGGUAUUGACGCAUCUAGACAUGUGCAGAGUGUAAUGGGGCCAGAGUGCUCAAACGACCACAAAGGGAUGUGAGCUUUGCAUUAUCGCUAUUGGACACCCAUGAACAACUCCGCAACUAAAGUAGGGUGCAUGGCAACCUAACCCAUUGAGCAGGGCUGCUAACCAUUAUAGAGAUUAUAAAUAACACUAGAGAAGGCAUCAAGGUUAAAAUUUGGGUGCAGCUUAUGGGGGGGGGGGCAAAUUUAGGUCCCGGAUAUAAAAUCAUGCUCUCAUUGGCUAAAUUGAAACUCCUCACCAAUGGGAACAUGAGUACACAGCCGGGACUUGAAUUUGCCCCCCAAUAGCCAUAUUCCUUUUAUUGCCUGAUGUCAAGAUUGUGAUGCCCCCUCUAGUAUUAUUUAUAAUCUCUAUGCUGCCAACCCUAUGAAAAUAAAAUGAGUGAAACGCAGCAGGCCUUAAAAUACCGGUCGGUCACGGACAUUGUCCGAUCCAUUCGUGAAAUUGUCCGACGUAGAGAGGAAACACAAGACAUUCUGUCCCACCUAAGUGAAACUGGUGAAACUGAGGUUUAUUGUUUGUCCAAGUGUAUUGAUUAUUGGUGUCCAACAGAACUGUUGUUUUAUAAUUGAGGGCGGGGCAGCGAGCGAAAUGGUGAAGUGGAAAACGGGCUUAUUGCUUAACGAAGUCUUAGUGCUGUUCUUGGCAAGCACGUUAAUUUUGGCUUGGAAACAAGUAUGAAUGACACAAAUUAUUUUAUAUAUUCACAACAUUUACCAUUCAGAGUUAAUACAUUGUGCUGAUAUUAAUUCGUGUCUUAUUUUCGUCGGUCGUCAUCAUAUAUGUCCGAGACGGCAAGCUUUAACUACUUCAGCCUGCUUCGAUGUCUAAAAGUGCUAAUUCUGAAUUCACAUUUUAUCCUCUGGAGAAAAUCACAAUUUAGGCACUAAUCACUGAAAAACUAACGUUGCGUUUCAUCCUGGACAAAUGGGAAAAAAUGCAUUACUUUUGCGAUGAAUUUACUAUGCGGGCGUAACCACGAAAAUGUUCGGGGGAAAUGCGUAACUUUCACGCUUCAUGCGUGAAGGUUGGCAGCCCUGAUUAAGCUGCAAUUUGCUUAUACAGGGUGUAUCAAAGGUAAUCGAACUUCAGCGCGCUAUUAUACGUGAAUUACUCGGCGUAUGAACAAUUGGUUUUCAUAUUCGGAAAGAUCAGGCUUUUAGCUAUUGAAUGACAUGCUUUUCAUGCCAAGUGGAGAAAAAAUAAGCAUGUACGAGGCCGAUUAAAAAUGUUAGUCAAAAUCGCGUAUUUUCACCUCUGUGCCUAAUUAAAACAAUGCAUAACAAAAGAAAAAGCAAUUAAUCACGAACGUGUCGUAACUUAGCUAAGAUUUAUUCCUACUUAAUAAUAAUUAUAAGUGUACAGUUUAAUGAAGUGAAAUUCAUCAAGUUAAGUCCUAAAGGGGGUUCAUUUUCAAUGGUUUUGUUUUAGACCCAGAUUCGUAUUUGCUCAUCUUUUAUCCACUUAGCAUGAAGAAGAUAUCAUUCAACAGCUAAAAGCAUGAUCUUUCCGAAUGUGAACAAAUCUCGUUCAUACGCAGAGUAAUUCAGAUACAAUAGCGCGCUGAAGUUCGAUUACCUUUUUUUUUAUACACCCUGCAUGUUAUAUAUGUGACCUACUUUAUUAUUUUACUGCCAGCUGAUUCCACUCAUCAAAGUCAGAAUCAUCUAUAUAGUUUUAGAAACACUUACAAUUGGUAGUUUUUUCCCACUGAUUAUUUCUCGCUCUUUCGACUUGUCAAGAGAAAACUGUUCCCCGAUUCGCCAUCUUUUAUCAUUUUACUUUGCGGUCUAAAACCAGAUGCUUCACUCAUCAAUAAGAGAUGUUAGGAAAAGUUAAAGUUGAUUUUUAAGGUUCUACUUUGUUUUAUUGUCUUCAAAUUAUUGAAUUUUCGGCUUACGUAGGAUAGUGACGUGCUUUUAAACUUUUUGCUUGGCUUAAAAAUAAUGCCAUAUCUAUUAAAGAAGGCUUUCCUGUACAUCAAUUUUUAAAUACGAGGUUAUUAUAUUUUUAUCAUGCAGUAUUUGUAGAUAUAAACCGUUAUCUAUAUCAUGCAAUCAGUAUACAAAAUCUUAAAGACCAUGUCAAGUUCGUUCUGCGCAUCAGUUUUGCCCAUAACAAAGGCGGACCCACAGAUAUAAACAUUGCCCAAAUUUUGCAUCUUUCGAACUUUUUUUAAUUGAAAUGUACUCUAGUUUAUAUGAUAUUCAGUUAGUAUGUAAAGGCUGCAGACGAGAGCUCUAAGAAUAAUCUACCCUUGGAUGCCUUACACUGAUUCCCUCGAAGAAAGCGGUCUGCCUCGCCUCUUCGAACGCAGGCAGCUCUUGACGUGCAAGUUGUUUAAUGAGAUCACUCGAGAUCAAUCCCACAAACUCAGAUCUCUACUACCAUCUGAAAAUAACUGUUCAUACCAACUGAGACGUAAAAGGCAACUUAACGUUCCAAGGGCCAAAACUGAUCGGUUUAUGAAUUCUUUUAUUGUUAGUAAUUGUAAAUAUUUUUAAUCGUUAGGUUUCUUAAAUUUUUGUAAUUGUAAAGUUUUAACGCAAUUCAGCCAUUAUCAGCUGUAAAGUCUUUUAAAACUGAAUAAAUCAUCUAUCUAUUUUACAAAUAUAGCCGUUCAAAAUGUAAACAAAGGAUUUGUUUACAUUACGGACUUGACUGUUUGGGUGAUCUAAGAAGAAAUGUAAUGCACAGUUUUACCAAAAUCGUGGAUCCUUCCUCUUGCCCGAGAAAAGUGUCAUGUUUUCGUAAUAUUCAGGAAUGCGUCUACAUUCCUAGUUUCAGGGAUGGCAAGUCUUUAAUUAAAUCUUCUUUAAUCUUUUAAUAAUUAAAGAAGAUUUUGGUGUUCGUUUUUAGGAUACCCUGGAAUAAAAAACGUUCUAGUGAUUCAUGCUUUAAGGGUAAUAAGGCCUCUCUGGGUGAGCACGCUUGUUAUGAUUUGAGGACUAUACUGGUUAUAGAAAACAUUUAUCUACGGUAUCGUAGAAAUACAAGAAUAUAUAAACUCCGAGAAAUUCAGAAAACCGUACGGGCGGACUGUGUUUCCUCCAAUGCGGAACUGUGUCUUCUCAAAUAUGGCCUCAGCUGGCCAGGGCAGACACAGUAACAAAUAAAGUUUGUAUAAGCAAAUAAUAGAUAGUGUAUUUGAAACUACCUGCAUUAUACUUUAUAGGGCUGAGCCUAUGGUGUAUACAGGAUUGUUACAUAUACAUGUAAGUUCAUGUCAAUAAUAUUGACGAAUGACGUAUUGUGUUAUAGACAUUCUUGGACCAACGGCAUUUGCUCCCGUGAAGUCUGAUAUCAAUGGUAAUAUCGAGGUAAAUAUUAGGCGAUGUUAAAUCAAGACAGCUCAAAUCUCGAAAAAGUGCGAAAGGUCUUUAUAUGUCAUUUUUAAAAGUUCUUUCAAAUUUAAUUUCCUUCGCCAUUUCCCUAUAAAUAAUACAAUAUAGAACUGUACUUUUUCACUAAAAACAAUUAUAGAUCUAUUAUUUGAAUUUUACAGAAACUUACGAAGAAAUACAAGGAGGACACGGAGAAAUACAAGAUUCUGCAAGAUAUUAUUCAAAGUGAAGUUGAUGCUGGAACUACAAAGGCAAAGAAUUCCGCGACUGAUGCCCUUCUUUGGUUGAAAAGGUACAGUAUAGAUAUUACAUGUAUUUACAGUAGCACCUUAUUAAAUUCUGGGGCCGGUUGUAUAAAAAAGUGAUUAAAGUUAACUAUAAUUAAGUGCAAACGUCAUCCAAUAAGAAGCGCGUAUUUGAGAGUUAAUCACUAUCUUUAGUUCAAUAAAAAUCGACAACAAUUUAUUUUGGUGUUAUAUAAAACAAAUAAUGAAUGUUUUCAUUUGUGCAAUAAAAAUAUUUUUAUUCGUUGCAAGAUGGAAUUUUCUAUUCCACUCGGCUGUCACAUCGUCAUACAUGGGAAAAUUCCACCUUUCAUCGAAUGAAAAUAUUUUUUCACUUCAUGAAACAUUGCUCUCAUAAACAUGCAUUAUUGUAUAAUAUACAUUGUUCAAGGGGUUCUAUUCACUAUAUUCAUAACAAAGUAGAUCUAAUAUCAAUUUGUGAAAUGCUACAUGCCAAAACUCACAGCAAUAACUCUGUUUAUCUUAAUUUUCCAGAGCGUUGUCCUUUAUUUUGGUGUUUCUUCAACAAGUUCUAACUGGUGAAGAAGAUCUUACAAAAUGUGCUAAAAAAGCAUACGAGGGAACAUUAAAGAAAUAUCACGGGUGGAUGGUUCAAAGUAUAUUUUCAGUAUGUAUUAUAUUUCAGAUUUUAUAAUUAUGCUUUUGUAAGUCUAUUUUCUGAACGGCGCUAUUUUAUAAGCAGACGUGUUAACAUGUGCAUGAAACUCGACAUUUUAAAAGGCAGCCUGGACAGUUCUGGCAAGACGUGGAGUUUUCCUUCUUACAUCUCUUUCUAUUUUAAAACUGUCAUAAACAUGUACCAAAUUGCCGUGUUAUACUUGUCCAUAUAUACGCAUAUUAACUUGUAUAUACUAGGAAUAGUUAUCACUAGGGGUGCCACACAGUUUAAUUCUGAUUAUUAAAGAUCUGCCGGCUGUUAAAUAAAUGCAGUUGUUGACAGUUUAAUUAUGUAAACUGCCAGGUUUGUAUCCUGGAAAGGCACGAAUAUCGUUGUUGACGAUCUUUAUAAUGAACUUGCAGUAUAAUGAAAUUGUGAGAUUCCUAUGAGGAAUGAGGGACUCUGGGUUAGGCUGUACCUUAAAACUGGUUCGCUCAGAUACGUCACAUGGCCGUGCAAAUUUCAUAAUUAGUUCUGUGCGCUCAUGCAGGUUGAAUAAACCAGACCUUAUUUCGCCGGUUGCCAUAGCCCUGUAAAUAGUGUUUUGUCUCUCCAAAAAUAGUUGGCGAUGAAGGCUGUUCCAUACCGAAAAGACUUUAUGCAGAAAUUAGGCCAAGACGAAAGUGUGGUCCUCGCUGAGAUGGCAGAAUUCGUCAACGAAUUGAAGACCACUUUCGACGUCAUAACAGAUUUCUAUGAACAGACUGGCCAAGAUGAUCAGAGGAAAGUUUAA